AUUAAUUGCAAAUGUGGAGCUAUUAAAUUAUUGUGGUGGCAGUUACUUUAUGAAGAAAUAGCAGUUUGAAUUUAUAACAAAAAGUUUGUAAGAAGAUGUGUAUAGUGCCUUGAUUUCAGGACUUUCAAAAUGACACUUCUUCUAGGAAAUCAAAACUGUUUGGAUUGUUUGCGCAAGGAUAUCACAGAUGUACAAGGGAUAAUCAUAGAUGUGUUUUCACGAGUUGGUGCAGUUCGCUAUCCAUCAUGGAAGUUUCCAGAUAAAACAUCAUGUGAUUUGGACCUUGUUACUUUGCUGAAACGUUUUGAUUAUGUAGAAGAUGACCCAGAGUAUACACAACAUUCUCAUAUUGUGUUGUUUGAAUUGGUGAUUGACAGGAAGUGCUACAUUAGAAGAGAAACUAUCAAUCCUGAAGGAGGAAGUCAAAGGGCAGCAUGUACUCAUAAGAGACCUUGAGCUCUCUAAACAGAUGCUGCUGGAAGAAAUGAGAACCAAGAUGGCAGACAAACGUGUGGUGCUGACUCUUGAAGAACAAGUUAAACUACUAACUAGUCAACUAGAGAGCACAACACAACAGCUCAAAAUGAUUAGCAGUGAACUGGACAAAGAAAAAGUGAAAAUCAACAGCAUGUUGAGACAUGAAGAGUCUCUGAAAGCUAAGAUUAAAGCUCUGCUACAACGAGUUAAUGAUUUGGAUGAAGAAUGUGAAGAGCUGAACACUAGGUUAGCUGAGUCCGAGGCUGGGACAGAUAGGCUGGAAGAACAACUGAAGACAGUCAACAUAGAGAAAAGUAACCUACAGGAGCAACUCCAAGAACAACUGCAAUUAACAAAACAGCUACAGGAAGAAAAACAUGGUCUGGAGAAGUCCAUGACUGAACUAAAAAAAAAUCUGUCCCAGCUAGAGAGCCAAGUUCAAGAAUAUAAGGAACACCGCAGGCUUUUGGUAGCUUUCCCUGACUUAAACAUGCCACCUGAAACACAGUGUGAGAGUACAGGUGAUAUUGCACAGGACAUGGAGAAACAGUUACUAGCAAACAGCUUGCGUAUCAGUAUUCUAGAAGAGGAGAAUUCGCGAUUGAGAAGCACCCUCACAAAGUUGCAGGAAACUAUGCAACAAGGAACUUUAAAGAUCAUUCCUCAGACAAAGCUUUGGUCAUCCUCAGGGCUGUCAGAAGAUGAACUAAAACCUGAUGGCAACGUGGGAAGGAACGAGCAUAAUAUAGCAGAAAUAAUGAAAGCCACAAGAAACAUAGGUGCAAAUAUGAGACCCACAUCCAACCAGAGGCCUUGGAGUGAGCCAAGGGAGACAACACCUUCUAUUGAACGAAUAAAAGAACCUGUAACAAGUGUCUUUAAUUCACCAGAAAUGUCUGCCAUUGGUGUUUAUGCAAGACUGAAUAAAGCUGGGUCCUUACCGGGGCUCACAAAAUGGUUCACACCUCUGCAGCUGUUUUCAUGCCUUCAAGAAAGGAAAAACAGGAAUGUUAAAAAAAGAUGGUGAUGGAGGAAAUUCGAAAAUCUUUCUUCAUUGGCUGACCAGUACAAUUUUCUAGCCGUUGUCUGUGGAGUUGUUGAACAACAGAUGAGCAAUAGUAUCUGGUCUGCAAGGUGAGGCAGAGAAGACAAUACCUAAUUGACCAACAGUGAACACGAAAGUGUUUGUAACAUCAGCAUCCUAUUAAUUCUCGAUAUGAAAUUUCAACCCCAUGUACUGUCCAUCACAAAAACUGCCACCUGCAUAGCAUCACCAGCCUCCACCCCUAUCUCAUCUUUAACUGCUGCUCAAACUCCCUCAACUAUUCCAGUGUUCUUCUGCUGGCCUCCCAUUCUCCAUAAAUUUCACCUCAUCCUAACUGUAUCUUAUUGUUUUCCCUUGUUCUUUCAUGGGAUGUGGGCAUUGCUGGCAGGCCAGCAUUUGUUGCCCAUCACCAAUUCCCCUUGAACUGAGUGGUUUGCUAGGCCAUUUCAGAGGGCAGUUAAGUAGUAACCACAUUGUUGUAGGUCUGCAGUCACAUAUAGGCCAGACCUGGUGAGGAUGGCAGAUUUCCUUCUCUAAAAGGACAUUAGUGAACCAGCUGGGUUUUUACAACAAUCGACGAUAGUUGUCAUUAUUACCAUCAACUGAGACUAGCUUUAUAUUCCAAAUUUGCACCUGCACCAACUUGCUCCUGCUCACCUCUCACUAUUGACCUUGCUGACCUCCAUUCUACUCUCACCUCAAAUUAUAAUUCUCAACCUUCAUGGCCUUGCCCCUUUUGAUUUCAGUGGGGAAGGUUUGAUGCACUAGCUGACCUUUUCCUGCCCAUCAUUUUUGUAUGUAACCUCCUUCAGCCUUACAAUCUCCCCAGCCCCAAACUCCCAGUUCCUCCAACUCUGGUCUCUUGGAUGAGAUGACCUUCACUACUUCUGCUGUUACCAGCAUUCCAUAUCAGCAUUAACCUUUGGCUGGCAACAUCCCAAAUUAGCCCAUUCCUUUGGCAAGACUUUCUUUCAUUUACAUGACUAAUUAAGAGGCAAAAGGUGUCAGAGGAGUCACUGAUAAACAGACAAGUACACAUAGCACAAGCUUCCUGUAUAUGUUCUCAUAAUUAAUGCUCAUCCUCGGACAGGAAAAGAGACACAACUGCUUAACCUACUUUCCAAAAAUGGUACUUGUUAAGCACCAGAAGACAAUACAAGACUACUGAGCUGAGACAGUAGAGAUGUGUAAAUGACUGGUAGUUUUUUUUUACAAUAUGCAAAAUAGAGAUUACAUUUGCCAUUCAAGUGAAAUGUAUCAUUUGCCUUCCAUUGGUUGGUAAGAUGUGUGUUGUAUAUUGUGUAGGAAAAGCUAGAUCCUAUCACUAUGAAACAUAAAAUGCUUUAGUGUGAAGAGAUGUAGGAAAAUACAGGCUUGAGUCACAUGACAAGAUCGAGCCUCAGCUAUGCUGUACAGGUGCACUGCUCAUCAGGUCUAUGAUUUGCAUCAAGAAAGAAUGCAGAAGAUGCAUGGAAAAAUGGAAGUCACUCUGAAAAUUACUUUGCUUUUUGUACCCACCAGUUCAGAAGAUUAACUGAUUACAUGUCAACCAGAAUGAAACACAAACUUAGUGAUGGAGAAUGCAGCUUCUUUUGAUGGCGAUCAAUGGAAGUUGUUGAUAAUUUAGGGGAAAGAUUUCCUGUUCACUAUUUGUAGUGAAGUAGUUAACGGUGUUUGUGAAAGUAAUAUGUUUUCUCAAGGAGGUUAACAGGGUUGGUAACUGCUGUAUAAAUUAUGAAAAGAACAAAAUAACCCUGUUUGAAGUACAAUGAAGACUACAAUCAGCCAUUUUUUAAAAUCAGGCACAGGCUUUUUAUUUAUGACUUUUGGAACAAGAACUACAAAGAAAAUGUCACAAUAAAGCAUGUUU